AUGUUUACGCGCCGCGCCGUGUCGUCUGCGCUUGGCGCCGCCGCUGUGGCGAUGUCGUCGUCGCUGUCUGUGCAGCGACGCUACGAUCACGACCGCUGGUACGGCCACGCACUGGAGCUGGACACACACAACUACAAGUUCAACGGCGAGCCGCCAAGCUGGAUGAAGGCGCGCGCGAAGACAGAGGAGGAGACCAACUUUGCGAAGAGUGUUCUGCCGCACAUUGACUUCGCCUCCAGCUACGAGUGCUUACUCUUCGACGCAGAUCGUCUAAACACUCACCUCAACCGCAAGGAGUUCGGGAAUGAGAUCAAGUACCGCCUCGAGAAGCAGGCCAACACUGUCGCCCGAGCACAGCAGCUGCUCAAGGACAGGAAGGCCGGGACCGGCCCGGAUGCUGAGAAGUCUGAGAAUGCGCUCAUCGCCCGCGUAUUCGAUGAGGAGCACGUGCAGGCAGAGAUGAAGUACGUCAAGUGCAUCCGUGCGAAUGAGUUGGCCGAGGAUAACCGCCUCGAUAUCCUGCCCGGUGGCUCGCCCAACUCGCUGCGUGAGAAGACGCGCUGGAACCUCAACACAGAACUUCACCCGGCCGACCGUGCGGAGAUUGGUGCUCGCCUAACGGCGUGGCUGCCGGAGAAGUACCACAUCGUCUACUUCGAUGACUUUCAGACCGUGGCCGCCAACGACACGACCGCGCGGAGGGAGAUGCUCGAGAUUGUGGAGAGUGUGAGGAAAGAGUACACCGCAGAGGCAAAGGAGGGUGGCUACGAGAGCGACCUCAGGGAAACCGUGGCGGAGCUGCUGGACGACGUCGACCCGACCCGCGCCAUCACGAUGGAAGCCAUCAAGGGGUGUAGUAACUUGCAGCAGCUAGAGGACUGGUCCCACCAGGUCCACGAGUACAACGGCGACCACCGCAUCAUCGAGAUCUACGCCCGCGCUGCCGAGAUUACGAAAAACGCCGAGCACCAAGAGCUGGUGAAGCAGAUGCGCGAGUGGCGCAAGCUGGCCACGCGGAACUAG